AGUUCAAUAACGCUUCACAAGAAGAAGAUGUAGAGCGUUGCUGGAAGAUUCUGGAAGUCUCUUGUUUAGUACACGGAGGCAUAAGACGAGAAGUGAUUUCACCAUAUUUCACGAUUAACCUGUUUGAGGGCAACUAUGGUGAAAGAGACUGGUUUUUAUGAUAUGCUGGGUGUAAAGCCUAAUGCUAGCUCUGAAGAGCUGAAAAAGGCCUAUCGUAAACUGGCACUGAAAUAUCACCCAGAUAAAAACCCAACAGAGGGAGAAAGGUUCAAACAGAUCUCCCAGGCAUAUGAGGUUUUGUCAGAUGCCAAGAAGAGAGAAGUGUAUGACAGAGGAGGUGAGAAGGCGAUUAAGGAGGGAGGAAGUGGAGGCCCAAGUUUUGGCUCCCCCAUGGACAUUUUUGACUUGUUCUUUGGAGGUGGGGGACACAUGCACAGGGAGAGGAGAGGAAAGAAUGUGGUGCAUCAGUUGACAGUGUCUUUGGAGGACCUUUAUAAUGGAGCCACCAGGAAACUUGCUGUCCAGAAGAACCUAAUCUGUGACAAGUGCGAAGGUCGUGGAGGCCGUAAAGGAGUAAUAGAAGUGUGUCCAUUGUGCCGUGGGGUCGGUGUCCAGGUCAGACUUCAUCACUUAGCACCUGGCAUGGUACAGCAGAUAUCAACAGUCUGCACCGGCUGCCAGGGGCAAGGUCAGCGACUUGGUCACCGCGACCGCUGCAAAACAUGUGCUGGUCGCAAGAUACUACGACAGAAGAAGAUUCUGGAGGUGCACAUUGAUAAAGGUAUGAAAGAUGGACAGAAAAUAGUGUUCCAUGGAGAGGGGGACCAGGAACCAGGCCUUGAACCUGGAGACAUCAUCAUUGUCUUAGAUCAGAAAGCCCACUUGGUUUUCACCAGACAAAGAGAGGACCUUGUCAUGAACAUGGAGGUGCAGUUGGUAGAGUCAUUAUGCGGUUUUCAAAAACCCAUUAAGACAAUGGAUAACAGAACUCUACUCAUCACAUCCCAUCCAGGAGAGCUGAUUAGACCUGGAGAUAAGAAAUGUGUUCUGAAUGAGGGGAUGCCUCUGCACCGUCGGCCAUUUGAGAAAGGGAAGCUCAUCAUUCUUUUCAAUGUUGUCUUCCCUGAAGAGAACUUCCUCCCAUUAAACAAACUGAAGGAGUUAGAAAGGUAUCUACCUGAAAAACAGGCAAAUAUUGAGCCUGACGGCAUGGAUGAUGACCUCUAUAUCUAUGCUGACCUUGAAGACUGUGAUCCGACCCAUGAACGCAGUCAUUACCAUAUAGAAGAGGAAGAGUUUCACCCUUCUGGAGGAGUGCAAUGCCAAACCUCAUAGAGAUUCCUGUUCCCUUCCCUUCCACAACAAAUGCCACCUCUGCUGGAACACACACACAUACAAAAGGACCAAGAGGAAAAUUUCAUUACCUCUCAUCUAGUUCUGUGCCUAAAAUAAGACCUCUGCUCUUAGUGCCAACCUCUUUUGUCAUCUCCUCAUCCCAAAUUUUGUGCAAAUAAAUUUAGGGGAUGUGUAAAAUGAGUAGUGAGACGGUUACCAUAUAGUUUCAACUGAGGGGAGAGUAUGGAAAUUUGU